UGGGUGCCUCAAGUCUGGCCAUUUCUCCCGUUUCUGUCCGCGUCGCCUGAACUGUUCUGUGUGCAGUGGGAGGCACCCAUCGGUGCUGCAUGUGUUCAGAGCCGUAGGAGCGGAGAAUCAGCAGCACGGUCGUCAGGAGGCUCAGAUGAAGACGGAACCAACUCAACCGGCCGUGUCAGUCAAUGCGAUCUCAUCCAGUGAUCGUUCUAUGAAGAUGCCAAUGAUCCCCGUGAAGGUUCAAUACCGUGAUGGUCCUCAAGUGGAGACAUACAUGUUUAUGGACACGGGUAGUAGCUCGACAUUCUGUACGUAUGACCUCCUCUGCAAGCUGAAUGUUAAUGCCACGAACAAGACUAAGUUGUCGGUCUCCACCAUGUCUAAGGACCCGCUAGUUGUAUGGGCCUCAGCCGUGCAGGGUCUCAGGAUAUCAGACCUGAGUGAAAACGAGCAGAUCAUGCUGCCGACAGUGUUCGCUAUGGAUAAGAUCCCUGCGUCCCGAGAGGAGAUCUGCUCAGCUGAAGACCUCCAAAGGUGGCCGCAUCUUCAAGCAGUCGUCCCGGACAUGAUCGACGCAGACAUUGGAAUAUUGGUGGGAGUGAAUGUACCGGAAGCACUCGAACCGAUCGACUUCAUUCACAGCAGAGAUAACGGUCCGUAUGCCGUCAGGACGCGACUUGGUUGGGUGGUGAACGGUCCGGUACGUCAUCACAAAUGGACGGAAAUCAGGGCUACAGCGAAUCGAAUCAAAGUUGAGGUUCAAGGACCCCAGUCAGAAGCGAACCCCGCAUCGGAAGAACGGGGAUGGUCCGUGGAGGACCACAGAUGGAUGAAGAAGGUUGAGAAGGAAGCUAGGAUGGACAGUGGACGCUACGAGCUACCUAUACCUCUGAAGAGUGGGGACACAGUCUUGCCGGACAACCGGGAAGCAUGCUUGAGGAGGCUACAGGGACUCAAAAAAGGGCUUCAAAACGAAGGCUUCGCUGACCAGUAUCGUGAAGUGAUUGAGGACAUGGCAGGGAAGGACUAUGCAGAAAGGGUGCCUGAAGAAGAACUGGACAGAGCUGACGGACUGGUGAAUUACCUACCUCAUCACGGGGUGUUUGGAAAGAAAGAAAAACUUCGUGUGGUUUUCGACUGCUCAAGCUCGUUCAGAGGCGUCUCGCUGAAUGACAAGGUUUAUCAGGGUCCGUCGCUUUGCACACCGCUUAUUGACGUUCUCGUUCGUUUUCGUCAGGAAGAGGUGGCCUUCAUGGGCGAUAUAAAUGCCAUGCUUCACCAGGUUCAUGAGCCAGCCCCUGGGAAGAGUCAUUCAACCCAAGCUCAGUGGGGAUGGACUCACCCGAAGCGCAGAGAUCAUGUCGAGAGGCAAGCUGUUUAAACGUCCCAUAUCAAAGCUCAUUCUCCUUGUUGAAGCAUCUGAGUAAAUGCAACUGAGAACAAGUAUGUUAAGCUAGUUAAGUUAGUUAUAAGUUAAGUUAAGUGCUGCUACAAUCGGUUCAUCGCUGCAGCUAUCGUUUCUUGAACCUGGAAAGGUUCAAAGGGGAGGGUGUGACCGCGGCGGGUGGUGGUUAUGGUAAUCUGGUUUCGUCCCGAUAGCUGCCCCCGCCGCUCGCUGGAAUUAUAUACACGCCCCUGGCGUCUGCUGGGAGACCGCCCGCAUUGGCUGAGUGGCGCCGGCUCGUGGCCCCGGCAGAGGCGGUCUCGCCUGUCUGGUCCGUGAAGGGGUGGUGCUGUGGACGAGAGGGUGCAGCUGGCCGCUUUCAAGUUCGCCCCUGAGCUCGCCCCUGGCAGUCUGGCCCGGGGCGGAGCUGGGCCGGGGUUGGGUCAGAGCUGCCGGCGCGUCUCGGCGGUGCGGGCUCCCGCUGCAGCGCUGGAGUCUGGGUCUGCGGUGGGCGCACUUCUUUGUUGUUGGUCGUGCUGAAUUGCAGCGCCUCCGAGGCGCCGGAGCAGGUUGCAGUGCCGGACUGAAGAGCCGGACUGGGAGGCCGUUCUGCGCGGGUGGCUGCCCCGUUACGUCGAAGGUGGUCAGGACCUCUCAAGCCAGGAAGUGGUACUCGUUGGAAACCGCUAAAUACAGACUGAGAGCGGAACAACAGCUGUGUUGGCGAGUCAACCGAGCAUGCAGGGC